AGUCACAAUAGUCGAGAGAAAGAGUUACUUAGUCGAGUGUGCUUCUAAACAGUAAACAAAAUGUUUAAAUUUUUUCUUGUUGUUACUGGAAUCUGGCUUCAAAGUGUUUACACCAAAGACAUUAUUGGAAGCCCUUGCACCCUUCAGUCUUCUAAUUCUCCAGGAGAAUGCAAACUCUUAACCGAAUGUAAGGAACUUCAAGACGAAGCAGUACUUGGUUACAAAACACCUCAAAGUUGUGGCUUCGAAGGGACACAAACCGUAGUUUGCUGUCCGAAAUCUCGUCGACCAGGAGAUAUCAGCCAAAAAAAAUGUAGCGAAUAUGUUUCGUAUACAAAGGAGAAACAAUUAUGUGGACACAAUAUUGCAAAACGCAUCGUUGGGGGAAAACCGGCUGGUAGAACAGAAUUUCCCCACAUGGCGAUAUUAGGAUAUGAGAAGAGAGGUUCUGAGAAUAUUCAGUGGUUAUGUGCAGGAUCACUUAUCAGUGAACAAUAUAUUUUGACAGCAGCAAAUUGCUUGUCUUCACGGGCAGUUGGUAAACCGCAAUUAGUGUUGUUAGGAGUCACCAAUCUUAACGACACCAAUCACAGGCAGGAAAUAAAAAUAAUAAAUAACGUGGUACAUCCAGAAUUCAGAAAGAGAACCUACUACAACGACAUAGCGCUAGUAAAAUUGGAGAAACCAGUCGAAAUAAAUUCGUAUGUGCGUCCGGCGUGUCUUAACACAAAUUUUGACUUUUCUGUCUCACAAGUUAUUGCUACUGGAUGGGGUUAUACACAGCCUUUAUGGAAGACAAGUGAAGAUUUACAGAAAGUAACAUUAGAUAUCACGGACCAUCAACUGUGUAACAACACUUACAACAAGGUGUUAAGUCAAGGAAUUAUAAAUGAUGUACAAAUUUGCACAGGAAACGAUAAUGAAGAGAAUGAUACUUGUCAGGGUGAUGCUGGUGGUCCGCUGCAAAUACAUCACAAAACCGACCCUACACUGUGCAUGUAUGACGUAGUGGGGGUAAUUUCGUUUGGAAUAGGAUGUUCUCAAGGUCCUUCUGUAAAUACACGAGUCUCCCAUUAUAUUAAGUGGAUUGAAGACGUAGUAUGGCCAGAAAAGACUCAGAGGAAAAGGAAGACCACUGAGGAGGAAACCGAAAUAAUACAGGAAGUUGUUCGGGUGCUAACGGCCUAUUGGUGGAGCCUAGAAAUAGAACCACAAGUCAAAGACGUCAAGAAAAAGGACUAUCAAAGACAGACCGAACUAGUACGAAGAGAAGCUACAUGUCAUGACGUUGCUUGCUGCAAAUUAAAACUAGAGAAAGCACUUGGCCCUGACGACAUCGCGCCCGACGCUGUAAAAGCCCUGGUAGAAGCAAAUACAUCUUUCUUCCGAGAGUUAUAUAACCGGCUCCUGAGACAAAACAAUUUCCCCGAAGAAUGGAAAACCGCCAAAUUAGUACUAAUAGAAAAACCUAGGAAGGAUGAGAAGGAAGAAAGAAGCCCUUGCACUCUCCAGUCAUCUAACACCCCAGGACAAUGCAAACUCUUAACCGAAUGUAAAGAAAUUCGAGAUGAAGCAGUACUAGGUCACAAACCACCUCAAACUUGUGAUUUCGAAGGGACACAAACCGUAGUUUGUUGCCCGAAAUCUCGCCAACCAGGAGAUAUUAGCAAAAAAAAAUGUAGCGAAUAUUCUUCGUUUACAAAAGAGAAACAACUAUGUGGACACAAUAUUGCAAAACGCAUCGUUGGGGGAAAACCGGCUGGAAGAACCGAGUUCCCGCACAUGGCGAUACUAGGAUAUAAGCAGAGAGAUUCUGAGAAUAGACUGUGGAUAUGUGGAGGAUCGCUUAUCAGCAAACAAUACGUUUUAACAGCAGCUACAUGUACUACUCCAUUGACAGUAAGUGAAGAUUUACAGAAAGUAACACUAGAUAUUACAGACCAUCAAAUGUGUAAUAGCAAUUACAGAAACAUAAGGCCACUAAACAAAGGAAUUUCAAAUGACAAACAUAUUUGCACAGGAAGCGAAAGUGAAGAUAGUGAUACUUGUCAGGGCGAUUCUGGUGGUCCGGUGCAAAUACAUCAUAAUAACGACCCUAAGUUGUGUAUGUAUGAUAUAGUGGGGGUGAUUUCGUUUGGAAAAGGAUGUGCUCAAGGUCCUUCUGUAAAUACUAGAGUUUCAUAUUACAUUAAAUGGAUUGAAGACAUAGUAUGGCCAGAGAACACCCAGUAAAAGUACUACUACUACUACACUACUUUGACAACAAGCAUCAAUCAAUAAAUAAUAGUCUUAUAGUAACGCUCCUUGAUUGUAAUUUUCAGUCAUCUUUAUUAAAUACGAAAGUUUCAUAAGAGAAAUCAGUGACGUAGUUAACUUCUGAUAAAAUAAGAAACAGUUAUUACAGACCCGGAACAAAAAUUGGUCUUUCCCUCCUAGCAAAAAAUUGUUACUUCCAGGCAGCACCGUACAAACUGCUUGAUUUAACUUAAAGUCGAGGCCUAAAACUUGACCAAACCGUUAAUUUUGAUCCUUGGUGAAGAAAAAUUUAAAUCGGUUUUUAAUACCGUAAUUGUUUGAGAAAUUUUCUUGUUUUUCUCCUUUUUCUUUAAUUAAUUCAUUAAAACUCUCACCAAGUAUGUCUGAUAUUACAAAGUCGUAAUAAGUAAGAAGAAAUGGGCACAACACAGAAAAUUUAUAAAAAUAAGAAAACCGCGUUAGAAUAAUAUCAAGAACACUUCACAUUUAAUUACUCAGUUAAUUAGAUAAUGAUUUUGUAAACUGAAAUAUGUAAAACUUAGACUAUUCCAUACAUUUGUAUUUGGGAAACUUAUGCCCCGGAUAAGAGGCCUAGAAAUAAGGGCUAGGAACGCAUCUCCUGUGUGGUUCAAUGUAUGUAGGGUCAGGAAAUAGAGAGAUAAGCUUUUAAGUGUGCAGAGGAAGUCAUUAUUAAAAAUGACAGCGGCCCUACAGUUGGUGGCCUCCGAACCACCAUUGGACCUUUUGGCAUUUUGCCGUUUUCGCGCGAUUUCCAGAUACAAGGUCACCUCCUCCAGGUCCAGGAGGAGCCCGUCCUGGAGAAAGUCGCCGCCCAGGAGGAACGACCAUGCUGAACGUGUAAUUCUUCUGUGUAUUUAAUUUGUUGUAUUUUAAUUAAUCCUAGCCGUAAGUUUUAUUAUCUUAGCCGUGUAGCUGGUGGCAGGGAAUAAACCCCUGUUAUUAUUUAAAAUA